AUAUCAACUCAAGCGAAAAUUAGAAAAGGAAACUGAAGAAUAUAACGGAAACUAAAAGUAAAAAUCGGUAAAAGGGAAAAAAUCGGUGAACCCAACCCUUAAGUGAGCAAAGAAUACGUAGAAAUUCAAAAGAGAAUUCGUGGAAAGGAAAAUAAUAUAAUUGACAUUGUUUUGAAGAAUUGCAGCGUUAUUGAUUUCAUGAGCGUUUGCGUUUGGUUGGUGUAUGAGCUAGAAGUGAGGAUUAAAAUAAGAAGACAAUAUAUUCAUUGAUCAUUGAAAAGAUUUACUGUCCGUCGCUCGCCAACACGACAGACGCAAACACAAAAAUUGAGCGCCUAAGCAAAGCGUUAACAUAAUGUUAAGUUCGCUCGAUGCUUUAGCUGGUAAAAUAUCACCAGGUUCUGGCAAAAAUAGUCCGUCCCAGCAGGUACAGCUUCAACAGCAACAAAAUAACACCAACCAGUCCUCAGCGACACAUAUUGCGGAACAGCAACUAGAACAGCAGCAUCAGCAACAACUAUCGGCGACGACAGUCAACCAAUUGCAGCAAUCACACCUGUCAACGGCAAGGGAACAACCACAGCAGCAGCAGCAGUAUCUACAGCGUUUCAAUGGCAAUCACUACAAUGGACUGGAUAGCAACUGCAAUAAAUUGUGCCACAUCAAUCACAACAGCAUACACCCAUAUCAGAAGCAACUGCCAGCUCAGCAGAACCAACAACAAAUGCAAUUGCAACAAAUCAUACCACCAACCCAACAGCAACAGUUGCAGACAUUUUGUCAACAGCAACAGCAAUUGCAACAACAGCAACAUGAGUUGUUUCAGCAACAGUUGUUGCAGCAGCAACAAUCAUUGUUACUACAUCCGCAGCAAUCGUCGGAGGAAACCGAUUCACAACAGGACUUUCGCAGUUGCCUGAAGGAGAAUGCAUUUGGCAUGAGUGAUAAAAGCAGCACCACUAACAGCCUUCCCAACAGUCCGAUUCACACAUCCACUCCGGGAAACAACAAUAAUAACAGCAGCAUUAACAGCAGCAAUGGCUUCAAUAAUAGUCCGUCUCUGCUCAACAGCAGUAAUAGCAACAGCAGCACAGGUCUUGUCAACGGCAAUAACAACAGUGGACCGCCAAGUCUUUGUAAUGCCAAUGGCAACAAUAACAACAACACAUGCAGUGCCAAUCGGAAUGUUGUCGACAACGAAUCAUCAUGCUUCCGCAUGGAUGCCGACGUGCCGUUCGGCGAGAAGGAGCCCGAUCCAGACAAUAUCAAAAUGUUUGUUGGCCAGGUGCCAAAAUCCAUGGAUGAGGCACAAUUGCGUGAGAUGUUCGAAGAGUAUGGUUCAGUGCAUUCGAUAAAUGUUCUGCGCGAUAAGGCGACUGGAAUCAGUAAAGGCUGCUGUUUUGUGACAUUUUACACUCGUCGCGCUGCCUUAAAAGCCCAAGAUGCCCUGCACAAUGUGAAAACCUUAAAUGGGAUGUAUCAUCCUAUUCAAAUGAAGCCGGCGGAUAGCGAAAAUCGGAAUGAACGGAAGCUGUUCGUUGGAAUGCUCAAUAAGAAGCUGAACGAGAACGACGUACGCAAGUUAUUCGAAGUUCACGGCGCCAUCGAAGAGUGCACGGUGUUGCGUGAUCAGAACGGACAAAGUAAAGGCUGUGCCUUUGUUACAUUUGCCACUAAACACGCAGCGAUAUCAGCGAUAAAAGUAACUUUGAAUCAAAAUAAAACUAUGGAAGGUUGUACUUCGCCACUUGUUGUGAAAUUUGCUGAUACACAAAAGGAGAAGGAACAGAAAAAGAUUCAGCAAAUUCAGGCGAAUCUCUGGAAUUUAGCAUCGAACAUAAAUAUACCAUUGGGCCAGACUGCUACCACCGUUUCAACGCCGAUACUGGCCAACCCGCCACAGCAAGCGAGCCCAGUUUUGGGAGCCGAUGCUAUUACACCGGCAUCUCUGCAAUUGCUGCAACAGCUGCAAGCGGUUGGGCUGCAACAACAACUGCUGCAAGGUUUGGGAGCCCAGACGAAUACUGCGGAUACAGCAGCAGCAACUGCGGCCGCCGCUGCUGCUGGCCUGUUACCACCGAUGACGGUACAAAACCUGGCCGCCAUUGCGGCAAUGACACAACCGUCGCUCACCAGCGCUGCCUCAAACCCAGGCAGCGCCCAACUGACAAACACAGCGGCACUCUUAUGUCUUUUAGGAAAAACCGCCAACUCAGGGUCCGAUCCGAAUCCAUUAGCGUCUGCGUAUAUGUCAACGGCUGCUGGCUUGCCACAAUUCGGCACCACCACUUUAUCGACUUCGCCUUUGGCCAGUGUGGCAUUGAGUAGUGCUGCAGCUGCAGCGGCUGGUAAACAAAUCGAAGGUCCCGAAGGAUGUAAUUUAUUCAUCUAUCAUCUACCACAAGAAUUCACUGACACCGAUUUGGCAUCUACUUUCCUGCCGUUUGGAAAUGUGAUUUCUGCCAAAGUCUUCAUCGACAAGCAAACCAAUCUCUCCAAAUGCUUCGGUUUCGUCUCUUUCGAUAACCCGGAGUCAGCGCAAGUAGCCAUUAAAGCGAUGAACGGUUUCCAAGUAGGCACUAAGCGCUUAAAGGUGCAACUGAAGAAACCCAAGGACGCUUCAAAACCUUACUAGAACAUUGCUAGUAGGAAAUAUCGCCCAGUUGGCCAGUUUGUGAAAGACGAUUUGGGUGACCGUUUGGUGAACGACGAUGGAGAAAAUCACGGCAACUUACAAAUGGAAUAACGAAAUAAGGAAUGGGAAAGAGGGAUAGUAAUAACAUUUUGAACUAACUGAAUUGAUGUUGACCAGCUGUGCGGCAAUUCAAUCACUGUAUGAUGUGAGAAAUUCUUUUGGUGUGGGAGGUAGGAAUACGAAACAACUGCUUACUAUACAAUCAUCCAUACAAACACAUAUUUUACUCAAAUAUAAAUAUGUUAGUGUAUAUGCUUGAAUUAUGGCCAAUUCGUUUUGAAUUAAUGUGUAUUUUUUAAGAUUCGCUUUGUCUGAAAACUAUCCUAACACAAUGUUUACGUAGUUUAUACGCACAAGAGCAACUCUUUAAAAGAAAAUGAAAAACAUUAUCUGAAUUUCAUGUUGAAUUGUUAAUAUAGAAACUGAACGUUUUUCUUUAUUAUUGGAUUUAGGUUUUAAGUUAUUUGUAAAUAGGUAUAGAUUGUUUAAAGUUUUCAUUACUUGGACAUGUUGUAAAUUUAUCAUUUUGAAACGAAGCAGCAAUUUUACGACGUUGAAUUGAUAUGUUGUUCAUGGCCAUUUGCAAAGGUUUAUCAUCAUUUAAAAAAUCUUCUAUGUAUUUUUUUAUUAUAAUUACAUACUAUAUCGGCGAGUUUUCAAUUUCGCAGUGACAAAAUGCUAAUCAAUUUUACAUUGUCUCAAGUUGUAUAGGCCAUAAUGUAUGAUGGCAAAAGUGUUGCAACAUUUACUACAUCCUUUUAAUUUCAAGCAACGCUCUUUAACGAAUAUUUAUCGAGAACUGAAUAAUUUGUAUAUGAAAAAAUAUGAGCAUGUAAUUGAGUGUAUACAUAUGUAUAUCUAAAAUUUUUAGUUUUCAAACUGUCACAAAAACUAAAUCUGAAUGUGCACAAAGUUUACAAAUGUAAUGAAUGAAAAUACAGUUUUGCAACUUAAUUUUUUUUUAAUUCUCAUAUAAACUUCAUUUCAAAUGACUCUACUUCUCUCUAUAAAUUGAGGACAGAAUACCUACUACAUUUGCAUAUGUAUAUGUAUGUGUAUAACUUUAUAACUAUAUUGAAGUAUCUACAAUAUAUAUAAUUCUUCGUAGAUAAAAUUGUGCGAUUUUGUUCCAAAGCAAGUGUUUCUGAAAUAUUAGUAUUUGAAUCGUUUAUUUGUCAUUACCAUGGCAGCAGUUUUUCAGUUUUCUUAAUUUCUUAUGCACACAUACUUAUAUAUCUAUGUCGAUGAGUAUCCUGCAGGGUAAACUGAGCCAGUGCGAAAGAAAUUCUAGUUCACAGCUGUGGGUGGGUAAGGAAAUGCUCAUCAUUCACACAUCAAAAAUUUUGAGUUGAAUUGGACUAGUGUCCAGAACUUUUGAAAAUACAAUGUAGCCUGAAUCUAUAUAUCGAUGGUUUUCGAGAAAAGCGACACAACUCAAAAUUAAUUCAAAUCCGGAGUUUUGCCGUUAAAAGCAAAAACCAACUUUAGAGUUUAUAUAUUUUUAUCUGGAAAAGCGUCAUAAGCGAAUCUUGAAGCAAUUCUGAGAGAUGGCGUUAGUGUCGCUUUGUCAGGUGAUCGAAUUGGCGCGUCACUUGUCUAGAAAACUGACCCAACUCAGUAUUUUGUAUUUUUGAGUGGUGUCACUUUUCUCGAAAACCAUCGAUAUGUAUAUCUAAUGGGUUGUAUCAAGUUCAACUUCUAAACUGCACUUCUCAGUGAAAGGACGAUUGGCCAGGUCAUUAGUAAGGCCACUAAUUCAGAGCUUUGCGAUGCUUCUGCAGGGUAUUUGAGUAAACAAGUGUGUGGUGAAAUAAUGUAUAAGUAUAUUUACGUAUUGCAUAUUUUAAUCGUAUAAUGCUUACUAAUAUAUUUAUUCGAAAAUGUCGUUAUUUUUCAUUUUACGUAUCUACAUACAUAAAUAUAUUUACCUGUAAGUCCUUUUUCAAUAUUUUACAUUUGCUUUGUUAAUGCAUUAUUUUUAUAAUUAUGAUUGAUGAAUUUCCUUGUUCUUUGUAAAGUGAAUUACGCGCUGCUUAUUACAAAUGGAGGCGUGCAUACUCAGCUACUGCAACUUUAUUAUUUUAUACAAAUAAAGCUUUGUUUUUGUUUGAAAUUUCUGUAAAA